AUGCAGAAACAAAGCCGGAAUUCGACCCCCGCGCCGGCGGCGACAUCAUCACUGCCGCCGCAGGAGUUUUACGACCCCGACUACCUCAACACCCGUGUCAUCUUGUUCGCAAACCUCAACUACGACGACUUGGUCGACCAUGGCGCCUCAAACGCCACCGUACCCGACUCUAAAACCGUGGAUGCGAUGCUGGACAAGCUCAAGAGCCUCACCAACAUCAUGGAGAAGCGGUCCACUUUUUACGAUCGCGGCAUGCGACACCUAGCAGACGAGCGCAAGAACCGCCCGGAUGACUUUGAUCGCAUGCAUGUCGACGGAGAGACUGAAGGGAAGAAGUCAAAACCUAAGCGCAAGAAGGGUGAAGGUCAGGACGGCGAUCAAUCAUCUCCCGUCCGAGAUUCGAAACCAAAGCAUACUCGAGACGGCUCCGGCAGCUCCUCCCUGUCUCCAAAUGCCGCUGCCUCCCCUUCUGCUAUGGACGUGGAUAAGAAGGCUAAGAAGGAAAAGAAGGAAAAGGAUGGGGCAGAAGGAGAGGGAGACGAAGACGAAUCCAGCUCCGAGGAUGAAGGCGCACCCCCAAAGCGAGAAAUGCCUGCCGCGCAGACUUUUGGCGAUGACCCCUCUACAUUCCCCGAUCCAACCAUAUACGAGAUUCGCGACGUCUACCCGGGUAUGCCAGAGUCGCUGCGAAAGGAAAUUUACUCAGUUGCCGUCUACCCGCCUAGCGACCUCGCGGAUCUCAUUGCCGGUGAUCCUCCCGACAAGGACUUCAGCAACGCAAAGCCCAGCAGCCAAAUCAACUUUUCGACAUUCAAUACAUACAUUGAACCAUUUUUUAGGCCUUUUACUGAGGAAGAUCUCGGGUUUCUACGAGAACGCGGUGACCGAGCCUCGCCAUUUGUUAUGCCGAAACGAGGCAAGAGACACUACUCUGAGAUAUGGGCGGAAGAGGACGGCGCUAUGUCUGUGGACUCGCCGCAGCAAGGACGCGAUAAGCUCUCGCAAAACUUACCCCGCGGCAGCAUCGAGAACAUGAACGACGCUGUAGCUGAGACCGACGGACUUUCCAUUGGGCCCCUUGCAGCUCGCCUGUUACAGGCUCUGCGCCCGGAAAAUCGCCUGCAGGUCACAGAGGAAAAGGCCGUCACUAAUGGAGUCAAUGGCGACGUGAGCAUGAAUGGCGACGCUGACGACCAUGCGCCUGUGACCGACGAUAAGGCUUUGCCUCCAGCCACUUUUAUGACAGAAUCCUCUACGGAUGCGUGGAAGAAGGCAACUCAUCCAAAGAUGGAGUAUGCCCAGGUCGACGAACGGCUAAAGCAAGAACUCAGACACAUUGGCUUUCUGCCCCCAGAAGGAGACGCUGAUUAUGAUGGUCACUUCGACGACGAGGUUGCUGGCCGACUCCGGGUGCUGCAGACUCGCCUCAAGGAACAAAUGCUCAUCAACGGUGCUCGCAAAGCGCGACUUACCGAUCUCGUGCGCGAGCGCAUGGCCCACCAGGAAUACCAGACAAUCCUCGAAGACUUGGACUCUCAAGUGCAGGCUGCAUACUUGAAGAGAACUCGUACAAUGGGCAAGAGCAAAAAGGCAAAGCGACCUGGCGGUGCAGGCGGUGGCAGUCAUGCAGCCGGCGCCGCGGCGGGUAUGGCCCGCCCAGGCAUUGGCGAUCUCACCAAGACGCUGAUGGAGCGCCGCCGACGCUGGAUUGAUACUAUCGGAUCGGUCUUCGAGGAUGAGAGCCUGCGCAAGGUGCCUCGUGUGGAGGACGAAGGCAGCUCCAUUUUCAAAUCAGCCGAGAUGGCAGACCUCAUGAAGAAGGAAAAAGAACAAUGGGAUGAAGAUGUGGAGGAAGAAUGA